AUGUCCUCUUUCAAAAAGGUGAGUAAUAAUCUCAAGGAUGACGGGCCUAAACUUCGAGAGGAGAAACACUUUUCAGACUUCUACCCUGACCUCGAUCAACAAGAGCUGUUACCAGUAAUCGUGCCCAAUGAAAAGGACAAUUGCUGCGAAACUGGGCCUCGCAAGGAUGAAAAAGUAGCGGUGUUGAAACGCUUCGAUUCAGACCGUGAAAACGCAGUGGAAUACGCUAAAAAUGGCCAAAAAACACACAUUAAGCAAAUGAUCUUCAACGACAAAGUAACGCUUGAACCAAUUGCGCUCGAUAAAAGUCAAGUGCGAUUCAAAAAAUGCAAACUGAGCAUCGGAAACCUGGUACAAGACCCUCGCGUUUCGCGAACUUAUCAAAGAUUCGGAUAUAUGACGGGAUCGUCUCUCAACAACUUCGAUGAAAACACAUCGCCGUAUAUCAAGAGAACAGACGAUCUUGCGUUGGCGAAGCCCAACCCGCUCAAGCACAUAUCCAGGUAUCAAUCAAAUUUCAAAGUGGAAUAUGACAUGGACGAGCAAGACGACCUGUAUCUCAGGUACCUCAACGAGAUCCGUAUUUCAAAUCCUACACACUACCUAACGCACGAGAUCUUUGAAAUAGUGAUGAGUGUUCUGGAAAAUGAGUGGUUCCAUCUUGAGAAAAAAAUCCCACCAAGAAUUUCCACCACGUCUGAAGUCUCGAGCCAGGAGACAAGAGCAGCCUGGGCUCAUUACGAGAGUUAUGGAUCUGACGACGGGACCGGCCAUGUCGUAGACCAGCCAUGUGCCGUUUGUGGGCUGACGGAGUGCGACAAUUCAAAUGCUAUUGUGUUCUGUGAUGGUUGUGACGUGGCAGUGCAUCAGGAGUGCUAUGGGGUUGUAUUCAUCCCGGAGGGACAAUGGCUCUGUCGUAGAUGCAUGAUAUCUCGAAACCGAAAAAUAAAUUGUCUUUUCUGUCCCAGUCAUACUGGUGCAUUCAAACAGACUGAUCGCGGUUCCUGGGGCCAUGUGGUAUGUGGACUCUGGAUUCCAGAGCUUUUUUUCGUUAAUUCGCAUUAUAUGGAGCCCAUUGAUGGCAUAGAUAUGAUACCGCGGUCAAGAUGGAAGCUCACUUGCUACAUUUGCAAGCAGAAGGUCGGAGCCUGCAUUCAGUGCUCGAACAAGAAUUGUUUUACUGCUUUCCACGUAACGUGUGCUAAGAGAGCAGGUUUGUGCAUGGACUUCGGCUCUUGCUCUAUAGUUGAAGCCUCGUCCAAUGCUCCUGGGGUAAGACUGCAGAGCUUUUGCGACAAGCACUCUCCGCCAGACUGGCCAGACUGUAAAGAGGGAAUAGCCAAGACCAGGAAUUAUUUUGCCGCAGCGAAUAACCGUACAGAAAGUGAUGACACACCUUUAAGAGAAAAACAAUCCACCUCUGUGGCGAAAGGCAAGUGGACAACAAAUCGAGGUACACCUAUAGCGCCUCAAGUCUUUGCGCGCGUGGUGGAGCAAGUGCUGGAGAUAUUCAAGGUCGAAAAUAGUUCCAAGCUAUCAACGGACCUGUGCAAAUACUGGUCGAUGAAACGAGAGCUAAAGCGAGGUGCGCCUCUUGUGAGGAAGUUCGACCCGUCAUCGUUUGGCGCUUUCACGGUAGAUGAAAUAAACCGGCGUGUAGAGUUUGCACAAGUUCUUUCCAAUGACAUGAAAAAACUACACGAUAUGACGAAUCUAGUUGUCGAAAGACAAAAAGCUUUAAGCUUGCGCGAUGGUGCUGUUAGAAAAGCCCGGGAGCUUUACAGCCAUCCUGGAAAAUUCUUUCUACGAGAAACUGUAAUGAAGAAGGUCAACAACUAUUCAUCUUAUAGGGCCUUGAUGCAAGAAAAGAAAACGCGCGAUGGAUUUAACCGUCAAAUCCAAAUUUUUCUAGAAUCAAAAACCGACGACGAUGAUGACUGCAUAGCUCUCUUUCGAGACCUUAUGGAAUCAUAUUUCGCUGAAGUUGAAGAUGAUGAAAAAGCCAGUCGAAGGAUCAAAGGUGAAGCUAAAAAGUUACAAGCUCAUGUUCACGUAUUACUAGAAUCGGUUGAAUUUUCUCAGGUCAAGAAGUGGAUCGCUCAAGAUUUUACCAAUCGAAAUGGAGACAUAAAGCCUGUUCCGUGGAAGGGUCCCCUGCUAAUGAAGGAAUAUGAAAUCGAUGAAAUUGAAGAACUCUCACACGCCGAAACGAAAAUGCUGUGGGCUAAAUUGGGUGGUCGUUGA